ACUGCAAACAAUGUUAACAACUACCAACGUAAACAAUUCAGACGAUGAAAACAAUGUGGAGGAAGAGAUGGAGACAAUCUUGGAUAAAAUCCAAACCCAGAUUGAGAAGAAAAAGUUUGGAAAGAAGCAAAAAAAGAAGGUUUUAAAACUUCUCGAUAAGUUGUCGGCCAUCGCUGACAAUUGCGGGGAUGUCCAGUCCGAAGUGAAAGAAGAUAUCAAACGUAUCAAAGAGUUGCUUCAGUUAAAGAAGUUCGGAAAAAACAAAGAAGCCAGGGCAGAGGUUUUGGAGACGCUUAAGAAUUUAUACACAAAAGCUGGCAUGUGCGGUGUCGUGCAAGGCGGUUACAGCACUUGGUCUAGCUGGGGAGGAUGCAGUGCUACAUGCGGUGGAGGAACCCAGAAGCGCACAAGAACCUGCACAAACCCACCACCAUCGAACGGUGGAAAGACAUGCCUGGAGCAAGGCCUGGGGCCGUCAGAAGAAGAACAGGAAUGCAACACGGAGAACUGUCCCGUAAAUGGUGGAUAUAGCACUUGGUCCAACUGGGGACAGUGCACUGCCACCUGCGGCGGAGGAACUCAGAAGCGGACAAGAACCUGCACAAACCCGCUACCAUCUAAUGGUGGAAAAACUUGCCUGGAGCUAAACCUAGGACCAGCAGAAGAGGAGCAGGAAUGCAACACUCAGAACUGCGCCUGUCCUUCCGGUUGGUCUACAAAUGGAGUAUCAUGUUUUUACAUCGACCCAAGCCGAACCACAGACAGGUCCGCUGCUCAGCAGAAAUGCCUUAGCAUGGGAGCAAACUUACCCACCAUUAAAUCCGCUGGGGAGAGAGACUUCAUUUUCAACCUGUUAAAAAACAACCCAGGGAUAUCUAACGAGGGAGUGUGGCUUGGGCUUAAUCGAAGAGGCUCUAGCUUUUACUGGAUUGACAAUAGCUAUGCUGGUUAUCAGGUGUGGGGUCACGGAGAGCCGAACAACUUUGGAGGGCACGAAAAUUGCGCCCAAAUGUAUAAAGGCGGGGGGAAUGCAGGAAAGUGGAAUGAUAAUCCAUGCAGCGGCUAUGGAGCAGCUCCCUCUAUUCUUUGUCAAAAACCCGUGGCACACUGAUGAGAGAGCUGAUUUUCUUUUACCAACCGUAGAAAUCAAAAAGUAAUAGUAUACAUUUGCAACUGAUUGGUUGUUGGGAAUUGACUGCCAACUAAUGCUUGUAUAAUCACUAUAUUAAUUCAAUACAAAAGCUAAAUUAAAGCUGAAAUAGUU